AUGAGAUUACGAAUACGACAUGCUAAUGGCAUUGCUACACUUAACAAUGUAUCCAAUGAACAAACUAUAGCUGAACUUAAGCAGCAAAUCCUUCAGACCUUACAACUCUCUUCUACUUAUGGCAUUCAGAUCUCUGGAGGAUAUCCACCUAAGCCUAUUACGGAUGACACCUUGGUUAUUCAGAGUAGUGGUUUAAGGGAUGGUGACACCUUGAAUGUUAAGAUAACCGAAAGUACUGUGCAACAGGUAGAAACAACAAGCAGUGAGUCUUCUCUCAAGCUUGUCAAGGAAGGCGUUGUCCAGACACCUAAUGGAUUUUUGACAUUAAGGACAAUGGAGGAUGAUAAUUCAUGUCUAUUUAGAUCCAUUGGCUACGUAUUGAGCAGAGACACCAGCAUAGCAAAUGAAUUAAGACAUGUUAUAGUUGAAAGAAUCAAAGCUGAUCCUAUCUCAUAUCCUGAUGUCCUGUUGGGCAAUCGUUUUAAAAAUUCUUCUCUUUUAGAAAAGUAUAUUCAAUGGAUCCAGAAGCCUACUUCUUGGGGUGGUGCAAUAGAACUGUCUAUAUUCUCAUCCUUCUUUAAUGUCGAAAUUGACAGCAUUGAUGUUCAGACAGGCAGAAUUGACAAGUUUGGGGAAGGAAGCUAUGAUGAAAGAGUGCUUAUUGUUUACAGUGGCAUACGUAAUGAUAGAUAGAUAGAUAUAAUUUUUAUCACUAACAAUAGCAUGGUAGACUACGACGCUUUAGCACUUUCUCCGGCCAGCGAUAGUCCACCAGAAUUUGAUCAGACACGAUUCCCAGUGACUGAUGACUAUAUCCUUGAUGCCGCUAAAGAGAUUACUGAAUCAUUGAGAAGAGUAAGUUCUCCUUUUUUUU